AAAAACAGCGCUUCCAACCCACUGAACAGUUCCAUGUUCCCAUCCCCUGAGGUGGGCGUGAGUUCGAGAACCAGCUGAGUAGGGUCUCCGAGCUCGUCCUUUGAUCUGGUGAAUAUGGCGUUAAAGGGCAAAAAAAAGGGGAUACUGGAACGCUUGGAUGGAGGCGAAGUUGUCAUUGGAGACGGUGGAUAUGUCAUGGCUUUGGAGAGGAGAGGCUACGUCACGGCCGGACACUGGACUCCAGAAGCUGCGGUUGAACACCCCGAGGCCGUUCGCCAGCUGCAUAGGGAAUUCCUGAGGGCCGGUGCGGAUGUCAUGCAGACCUUUACGUUCUACUGCAGCGAUGACAAGCUGGGAAUCAGCGGCAGAGUGGGGAGCAUCAGUGGGCAACAGAUAAACGAGGCGGCCUGUGACCUUGCCAGGGAAGUGGCCAAUGAGGGCGGGACACUGGUGGCUGGGGCCAUCUCUCAGACCCCCUGCUACACGGACUCCACCAGCGAAGGCAAAGUGAAGGAAAUCUUCAAGAAACAGCUGGAUGUUUUCAUGCAGAAGGACAUAGACUUUUUCAUCGCUGAAUUCUUCCAGCACGUGGAGGAGGCAGAGUGGGCUGUGCAGGUUCUGGUGAGCAGCGGGAAGCCUGUCGGGGCCACACUGUGCAUUUCACCUGAGGGAGACCAAAACAGAGUCAGCCCAGGGGACUGCGCUGUCCGACUGGCCAAGGCUGGUGCCAGUAUGGUGGGAGUGAACUGCCACCUGGACCCCACCUGUGGCCUGAAGACGGUGAGGAAGAUGAAGGACGGUCUGGAGGCAGCCGGGGUGAAGGUUCACCUCAUGCUGCAGCCCCUGGGCUUCAACACGCCAGAGUGUAACCAUGGGGGGUACCUCACCCUCCCAGAGUUCCCCUUAGCACUGGAGUCCAGAGCCAUGACCAGGUGGGAUAUGCAUAAGUAUGCCAGGGAGGCGUACGAUCUGGGCAUUCGAUACAUCGGGGGCUGCUGUGGGUUCGAGCCGUACCAUAUCCGCGCUUUAGCAGAGGAGCUAGCCCCCGAAAGGGGCUUCCUACCGCCCGGGUCGGAGAAACACGGCCUCUGGGGCAGUGCCCUGAUCGGCCACCAGUUGCCCUGGGUCAAGGAGAAGGCUAAUCGGAAAUACUGGGAGACGUUGCUGCCAGCAUCGGGGCGCCCAAAAUGUCCCUCCAUGGCAAUUCCCCAUGAAUCAUUUUAAAAAAUAAUUAAUGGAAGAUUUGUUUCCUAUAAACUACCAAUCUGUAUUACAGAAUAGCGGAUUGAUUUAAUAUGAUUAUGUACCAGUGGUGGUUUACAUGGUUGAUUAUAAAAAUAAAAGUGCAAGAUAAUAUUGUGUUUGCUCCA